GUCAAUUCGAAUUUUAACGGUAUAAUUUAUAAUCCAAAACAAAUAUCCAACCUGUGAAUUAGUAUUUUGUAAAAACAUAAAAGAAAGUUAUAAUUUGUUGAAAACUCGUGCUUAGCUCGACGAUUCAUUUACAAGACAAAAAUGAUGCCCACCAGAUACGUCCCCGGCCAUUCUUCGGCUAUACGCAAAUCGAGGCUAGAUAGCAAGCCUUCAAUGCUGCCAGUCCGUCGUCAGGGCUCCACGGACCGCACGUCGACGGAGGCUCGGCGUCCUUCCGCCACUGGUGCGAGGUCCAGCAGUGCGGAGCCUGCGCGAAGCACAAUCGGAGUGGCACGCUUGAGCAAAGAUGCAUCUGUCACCAAAUUAUCUGUUGGGAGGGCUCGUUCUCAGACUGGUGAGCCCCGUCCGACCACCACGCCUCUACGCAGUAGCCAAUACUCUAGACCCACCACUACACCAUUGAGGACUCCUGAAGACAGAAGCAGCCGCAGCUGGGAGACCUGCCUCGAGAGGGUGCUAGCAUUUGUCACUGUCAAGGACCAAAGACAGAUAUCGAGCGUGGCGUGGCAGCGCGCGGAGUACUCGCGCGUGUCGGCGGCGCUGAGCGCGCGCGGGGCGACGGGCGCGCCGCUCUUGCGCCCGCUCACCAUCGCGCGCUUCGUCGACAUCGUGGCCGACCUGCUGAGCGCCAUCAUCGGCGACGUCAAGCUCUCCACCGACAACUACGUCACCAAGUUGCCGCACCUGGCUAAAAGACUGCUGUACCCCAGCCCAGUGUCCAAGUCGUGGCUGAAGACUGUCAACACGCUCCAUGCCUUCCCACAGGCGCUGGCACUCAUCGCGUACCUUCUGGACUUGGCCACGCACUGUCAAAUGCCAGUGUCGGACGACUGGCUUUUUAUCAGCAAGGACGAUGUGUCGUGCCUGCGCCGCGAGUACCUCAACAAGUGUUGGAUACGAUUCCAAGAGCCGCCGGGCGACCAGUUCGACGAUCUGAACGAAGACUACCUGCAUCGCCUGCGCGCGCUCUUGGGUGACGACGACGAUAAGAUUCUGCAGCUGGAACAGAAUAUCAAAGAAUACGAGCGGCGGCUCGAAGACGCGGAGGAGCUGGCGGCGCGCGCGGAGGAGGCGAGGCGCGUGGAGCGGCGCGACGCGCUGCUGGCCGCGCUGCGCAGUGUGCGUGGCGCGCGGCGCGGCGCAGCGGCCGACGCGGCGGCGCUGCGGGCCGCGGCCCGCGACCAUGCGGAGGCCCUGAGGAUGCUGGACUCGGAGAUCGAGCGCGCGAGUGCGGAGAUCGAGCAGCUCCGUGCGGAGUUGGAACAGCAGCCACUCUCCGUGAAGGAGCGCGCCGCGCUGCUGGACAAGGUGGACUACGCCACGAGGGUGCACGACAGCAAGCGAGCGCUGGCCAAGCAGAUCUCCAAGAUGCUGGCGAGCAAGGAGUCCGAGCUGGCGCAGUGGCAGAAGAGCACGCUGGACGCGUGCGUGGAAUACAAGCAGCUGCUCAUCUGCCUCUGCACGCAGCUGCCAGCGCUUGCCCACCUCGCCGUCGACGAGAAGGAGCUGAUGGACGAGGAGUGCGCAGUGUUCAUGGCGAGGGCUGUGGAGACGCUGCGGGAGGAGGGCGCGCGCCUCGCCGCCAAGAAGGCUGAGCUGCUGCGGAGCCGCAGCAUGCUGGGCAGGAAGCGAGCUGUGCUGCUGGAAGAAACCCGCUCCAAAAUCGCCGACAUGAAAUCGAGUAUGCAACGCGAACAACAAGCGCUGGACGCUGAGGUUGCCAAGGAAAGCUCGGAUGCGGCCGCCUGGAGCCACGAGCAGCAGCAGACCAGCGCGCGCCUGGAGCAGCUGCGCGCCAACAGGGAGGAGCACGCCAAGGUCGCGGCAGAGCUGGCCUUCUGGGAGAAGCAGGACGCGGCGUGGCGCGCGAAGCUGAGCGAGUUGCGCGCGUACGUGAGCGCGACGCGCGCGCUCGUACAUCAGCGCGCUUGCGCAGCGCGCGAGAACCGUGCCGCGCGUCUGCGCGACACGCUGGCGCUGUGGCGCGACAAGCUGGGCUGCUGAUGCUGCGACUGUUAUGUUAAGAGUGGAAAAGAAGUUACCCCUCUGCGAGAUACACAUCUUACAAGGUGUAACCAAAACGCUUUUAUUUUUUAUUUUAUUGAACCACCAAAA